AUGUUGUCAUCAUGGGUUGGAAAUGAGUGUUGCGUGUGGGAAGGAAUCCAGUGUGAGGGUGUCACUGGAAAUGUUCAACGCCAUAAUCUUAGAGGAGAUGAUUACUACCCCAUGUUUUACUCCAACUAUUACUUAGCUGGCAAUAAGGUGAGCUCUUCUUUGGCACAAUUGAGGCAUCUCAAAUACCUCGACUUAAGUGGGAAUCGUUUUUUUGAAGGAAGUCAUAUCCAAGAGUUCAUUGGAUUCUUGAAGCACCCGGGCUACAUGAAUCUCUCUCAUGCUAGUUUUGAAGGUAUCAUUCCUCCUCAAAUUGGAAGUCUUUCUAAUUUAAAGGUUCUUGACCUUGUUAACGAUAAAGGAUAG